GCCUAUGAAGCGGUAUAUAAGUCUACUGCUAUUGCUAUAUUGCUAUUUCUGUUGCUAAGCGAGAUUAACAACAAUCUCCGCUGAGCGACAGAAAUUUGAAUAGAAAUGCCCCGUUUUGCAACCUUUCUUCCCACCGUUGUUCAGCGAGAUCGCUGCCAUUGUUAAGUGAGGAACACGGUUGUUAAGGGAAACCCGGCUUCCCCGUUGACUUUGCUUGCCAGGAGGUCGCAAAAGGAGAUGACGCGACUCCGGGACAUUGCUAAAUGUGAGCUAAUUAUCAAGCACCCAAAUUCAUGAGGAUGGUGCCACAGUCAGUAAGUAUGAAAAACCGUCCUAAGCCACUUUUUUUUCAGUUCGGUUGCAACUUUGAACGGUCACUAAAUGAAUGGUUGUAAGUCGAGGACUGUGUGUAAAGUAGAAUUAGGUCACCUGGUGGCAUUUCCUGUCUGGUCUAGUAGGACUGACACUGCAUCUUUUCCUUCUCUCUCUCUCCCUCCAUAUAAUGUCCGCCUGCAUGCAACGUUGUCCUCCCCCAGCCCCGCGAAAGACCCCUCCAGCAGUUUCGGCAACCCCAGCUGCCCAUCAGCCUUUGGCUCCGCCUCUCUGGCCUGAAGCAAAUCAGCAGAAUCAUCCUGGACAUGUCCUAUCGUCUCCUCCGCGAUUGGCUGCUCCAUCUGCCAAUCUGCCCCCCCAGGAUACGGGGGAUUGCCGGAUUCCCGUUCAAGAAAACAGCCAUCUGGCUGAAAACACCAAGUUAGCGGUACAUCCUAAGACCGCAGACAAAGGAGCAGAGCCAGGUUUUUCCUCCACUUCUGGCGUCAGUUCGGCAUCUAAUAUCGGAGCGGCCGUCGGAGGAGACGUAGCGGUUGAGUCUCCAGGGCCAUAUCCUGUCAAAGAGUCGGUCCCGCUUCCCUCUCAAGCGAUUUCAACCUCGGCUGAGGUGGAGCGGAAGUGGGACGGACGUCAGCACCGCCCGGUGACGGUGAAAAACGGGUGCUUUGGCAAUGUGCACCGCUCAGAGGAGAGCGUGACAAGUUCAGCGUUGCCCACAGGUACUUCUAGCAAUCAGCCCGAAGAGGAUUAUUAUUCGAGCGAUAGCGGCUUGUUGGUGUUGGGCGGUCCGAGAGAGGAUUUGGCGGCCGAACGGAAGGUCCAUGUCCUCCGAGGGGACCAAAAGUGGGGAAAUCCGCCAGCUGCGGACAGUCUACAAAGUCGCCAAGAUGACCCGAGGAAAAAUCUCCCAGCUUACGAGGGCUCGCCGGAAGAGCAGACGCAGCCCUUUAUGGAUCCUUCGUCUCGUCACGCUCCAGCAAACGAUGCCCAGCUGUCCUUUACACAAAUGGGAACAAAGUCUCUGUUUCCGGUAACGAGCCCGAUGCGUCUCCCGCCUUCGGAUUUGGACGGUGUCUCUUCCGUUGAAAGAAAGGCACCAAAGCCUCCUCGGGAGGUUUCAGCUGCCGGAGGCGAUACACCCUCAGGUGGCUCUAAGCUUCCCAGCACGGGUGCCUUGGGAGGAAGGCCGCAGCGGGGGAUGGAGACUCGGCCUUCUGCUGUUGAGGACCAUAAGCGAGACAGCCGCAUCUUUCACAGCAACUGUAGUGAGAACGAUAUGCCUUCCAAGCCAGGCCUUCUGUCUGCAGAGCUCAGCUCAGACGGUGCCGGCGAGACCGGCAAUGUGUAUUCUGGGUCGUCAGAAAGAUUACGCAUGAGCAACAGUGACUCCGCUUCGGUGAGCACGAGCAACAGCGACCCCAUUUUGAUCAGUGAAAGCAGCUUGGUUACCCAUCCCCCCAUGAGCACCACGUGGAAAAGAAAUCGGCCGAGCGGUGCCAUUGACGCUACUCUUCCCCCCGAGGUUGACGCUGGCGAAGAAGACACGUCCUUCAGGAGUCACCAUGUGCUGGUGGAGGAGAAUCGAAGUAUGGAUCUCAUGGGGGUUCCUCCGGAGAGGGCCUCCUGGCGACCUUCCCCGGAUUCAACAUCCAACGGUCAGCCAGAGAACAAAGCCAAGGACCAGCCGGCGGGUCCUUCUCUCCUAGAUGAAGAAGCGGUUUCUUCACACGACAAUUGGAUGCUUUUUGCGGGGUUUGUUGUGGCCUUACUGGCAAGCGCAGCUUAUGUGCUGUAUAAGAAGAAGUAAGCACUGGAGACACCGAUCGGUUGUUGGCCGACUGAAAUUCACACCCGGCCACAGUCCCUUCCUCCCGUUGCUUGAUCCUCUACGGAAGGGAAGCUCGCUGUCUUUGGCUCGCUUUCCGUCACCGAUGCGUGAUGCGUUGAAUCCUUACCCUCACAACACGCCUUGCUUAUUUCCUGUAGUCUGCCUUGGGGUCAUUAAUAACGUCUUUCGAUCCAGGUUAUUUUAGAUCGGUGCCUUCAGUGGCCUCAUUUCCCCCCUCCCCCGAAUAGCCAAGCGGAUCGGAACUAGGACUUUUCCGAGAAAUUGCCAGAAAAGCAAAAAAUCUGGACAUCAUAGCAAAAUCAUGAACGCUCGCUUCCACAUCGUUGGCAAGGGAAUUGCAGGAUCUUGGCGGAUUUUCAUUUUUUUAUUUUAGAAAAGGUCGCAUCACAAAGAAUACGCCGGCUGAUGUGGACGAGUGACCGCCUUCGUGAUUUUAGUGGAUCGGUCCAUUGGAUGUGGCUUAGAAAAGAGAAAGGCAAGCAGCAUCUUUGCUUUGUCCCGAACACGACGUUGUUUUUGGAUACGCAAGAUGUUACUGUCGAAUUCUUAGAAAGUAGCAUUCGGAUGCCCAGCUCCGUUUUUCCGGAAUUAACGCCCCCUCAGGGAAAAAGCAGUAGACUUCACCGAACUGUUUGGGAAAACCCUUGUUCUUCCUUUUCCAUUUCUUGAGAAAGAGGAAGCGUAGAAGUUUGUUUUUCAACGAUUACAGGAAAAGCCUGUAACAUGAACUGCCGCUGUUUGGAAUUUUAUCCAUUGAUGUUAAUGGAAACGGAAUAUCUUCGUUCUGUUUUAUUCUGGAUGUUAUAUUUUUUCUGCCGAGGUGGUUACGGCGUGAUCUUCGGAAAGUCAUUUGUUCCUGGCCAUUAAAUGACAGGCAGUCCUCGAUUUAAUGACCGUAAUGAAGGAUGAUAGAUUAGGAUGAGUCUUCUGAAACAUUCCUGUGGUCGAACAGUCAUAAGGCAAGGACUGCCUGGCACCCAAAAAGGGCUAGAUUUCACCCUACUGAGAAUUUGGGGGGGGACGGGACGUGAAGGCUUAAUUGCUUGUCUUUUUUUAACGAGCAAGUUAUCCUUGAAACAAGCAGGCUGGAUAGGAAAUUCUAGGAAUUGAAAGCCAGAAGUUGCACAGAAACGCUGAUUCAAUGUGUUCUGUGUAUCCACAUAUGCACUAUCUCCCCAGGAGUUAAAUCAGGGUGUGUCCAUUCACACUAGUAUAUGUGUCUAUUCAUACCGAUUAUGGUUCCAUUUAAAAAAAAGAAAAAGUAGCAUUUUCUUUCUACUUCUGACAGAUAGUCAAACCCAAGUUCUAGCUUUCUUUCUAUCUUUCCAACGUUCUGUAGCGUUGGGAAAAUCAAAACACUUGAGACUUCCGAAUCGAAUAACUUUCUUGUCAUUAACCAGGAAAAAGAAUGAAGGGGGAAAGGGGGGAGGGAAUUUCAAAUAUACAGAGCAUCCCAAAAUAAAAAGGAGUGAUGCGUAGAAAAUAUGCUAAAAGGCUUCCUUCUUAUUAGCUUAAAACUAAGCUAAACUCUAGAAUUAUAGAGUCCCUGGCAAAAUUAUAGACCCCUUGACAAAAUGGAGAAUUCCUACUAGAGUUCCUUCCCAUUCUUCCCAGUACAUCUGCUCACCAAACUGGUCUCUCACGUGCUGAUUAAAAAAAAAAGUUAUUGGGUGAAAAAUGUGUUGUUAUUUCAUUCCUCCCAGUUUAAUUUCCAGAAGGUUUAUUUUGUUCGUGAUAACAAGCUGUUGUGUAGAUAAAUUUUGGAUGGGUGGGAGCAAGAAACUUCCAAUGGUACAGAUUUAUACGUGAAUAGUAAUUUUGUAGAGAAACCUCAGAUUUUAUUUUGCUGUAGUUGAAAGCCCCUUUAUUUGUGGACUUCAACUCCCAGAAUUCCUGAACCAGCUGGCUCAGGAAUUCUGGGAGUUGAAGUCCACAAGUCAUAAAGGGGCCAUACUUCCCCACCUUUGCCAUGGUCACUUAAAUUCACCCAAAGUGUUGAUUUGGAAAUUGGCAUUCAUCCUGUACUUUCCAUUCUUAAUUUUCUUUGGAGUUUCGCUGGAUCCCUAAAGAAAUAUUCCACUUGUAUAUAUUUUUUAAAACCACAUUUCUUUCCCAUCAAAAAAAACUCACCGUGACUUGUUCCUUGAAAUCUCAGCAACAAGUACGUUCCCAUUUCAGUAGGAAAGAUUUACUGGAGAAGACGGAUACUCAUAUAGUGAAGAAAGUAAAACAUCUGGGUAUUCAUUUAUCAGCGAGAUGUGCAACUAUAAAAGAAGAUUAUUAGCUUUAACAGAGUAAGGAAGACACUCAGAGAUGAUUCACACCCUGGUCAGUGUCUCUUUUC